AUGUCAACAUAUUCAAGAUAUAAUGAUGAAGAUGAAAUAAGGAAUAAUAAAAUUUCAUUUGGUGAUAAUAUUAAAAGGGAAUUUUUACAUUUAAAAUUAUUAUUAAAAAAGAAUUUAUUAGUCUCAAUAAGAUCAUACUUUUCAACUGGUAUUGAAAUUUUAUCACCUAUUGCUUUUAUUAUAAUUUUAUUUUUAAUUUCUCAUUUUGGUUCUGGUAAUGAAAAUCCAAUUGUAACAUAUAAUCAAGAAUUACCAAUUUGUAAAUCAUAUGGUGAAAAUAGAUGUUUUAAUAUUAUGUUUUCACCAAGUAAUUCACCAUCAGCAAUUGCAAUUAUGGAAAUGUUAGGUGAAAUUAAUAAUAAUAGUAUUUAUAGUUAUCCAAGUGAUACAGGUUAUUUACCAGAUUUAAACAAUACUAUUGGAUUAAAAGGUGGUUUAAUUAUGAUGAAUUCAAUAGAGGAUUCAUUUGAAUUUGUAUUAGCACAUCCAAAUGUUACAAUUGCAGCAGUUGAUUUCUUAUCGAUUCCACUUGGAUUUCAAAUUAAUGGUGCACCACCCAAAAAUGAGCCAUUGUUGAAAAUGGAUGGAAAUUCAUUGGAAUUCAAUGUGGUUGUAAAUACAACAUGCCCAAAUAUUUUAGCUACAUGUCCGGAUUAUUCGAUUGCGAUAACAACAGCUAUUGAAAAGGCUGUUAUUACAUAUUACUCACAAAAGAUUAGAAAUGAAAAGAUACCACCACCAACAAUCUCCUAUGGCUCGAAUGCGUUCCCACGUUAUCCUCCAGAACAGGGGGCAGCAAGGGUUUGGGGUGGCUUAUUCUAUUAUUGCGGUUCAAUGAUAUCAUUCAUAUUUUUAUUAUACAAAGUGUCGUUUGAGAAAGAGAAUAAAUUGAAACAGGGUAUGGUUAUGAUGGGGUUGAGUGUCAAUCAGUAUUGGAUUAGUUGGUUCAUUACAAGUUUCACCAUUGAUAUAUUGAUAUCGUUGAUUACCAUUAUCGUUGGGUUGGCAUGUCAAUUACCAUUCUUUUUGGGUAGCAAUUUCUUUGUAUUGAUAAUCACAUUUUCAUUAUUCACAAUAUCAAUGUCAUCAGUGGCCUUCUUCCUCCUAACCUUUAUUCAAUCCACAAAGUCAGCAAUAGGAAUUGGUAUGGGUAUAUUCAUCGUUGGUUCAAUCUUUCAAUUGGUAUUCAGUGGUAUGGGUACUAUGAUCUUUGAAUUAAUCUAUCAAACCAACAGCAAUGGUGCAUUGGCUGCAAGAAUUAUACUUUUCUUUAUACCAAUGUUUCAUUUCACUAAAGUUCUAACUGAUAUUGGUAAUGUUACAACAAACUAUCCACUACUUACUUAUAAGUUCUCUGAUCUUUCAACAGAUUUAAAUAUUGGUGGUACUGUAUUGAAAACUGUAAUUCCAACAACUGGUCAAUCAAUUUGUUAUCUAUUGGCAUUAAUUGGAGUUUAUACAGUAUUGGCAUGGUAUUUCGAACAUAUUAUACCAGGUAACGAUGGUACAUCCUCUCCACCAUGGUUUUUUGUUUUACCAUCCUAUUGGGGUUUAUCAUUAAAGAAAGUACGUCAUAUUCCAACACCAUAUUUCGAUGAUGAGGAUGUUAGAGCUGCAAUAACCAAAGCACAUGAUGCUUCAAAUCGUGCACCAUUAAUCAUUUGUGGUUUAUCAAAGAGUUAUACUAAACUUUUCAGACCAAAGAAAACAGUUCAUGCCGUUAAAUAUUUAUCAUUAUCCGUUGAAAAAGGUACAAUUCUUGGUUUCUUGGGUUCAAAUGGUUGUGGUAAAUCAACAACAAUUGGUAUGUUAACUGGUUUACUUGAACCAACUGCUGGUGAUGCUUUGGUCUAUGGUCAUAGUGUCAUUAGUAAUAUUGCUGCCGUUCGUAGAAUUACUUCAGUAGUACCACAACAUGAUAUUCUUUGGGCAGAAAUGACAGCUAGAGAACAUUUACAACUAUUCUCUGAAUUGAAGGGUAUCCCAGCCCAAGAAAGAGAAUCUCAAAUUCAAAAGGUUUUAGAUCAAGUUAGAUUAUCAAAAAUUUCAAAUAACCUAAUCUCAACCUAUUCAGGUGGCAUGAAAAGAAGACUCUCUGUUGCAAUCGCUUGCAUUGGUGAUCCUAAAAUCAUCUUUAUGGAUGAACCUACCACUGGUGUAGAUCCUUCCUCAAAGAGACAUUUAAUAGAUUUAGUAAAGAGUAUCAAAAAUGAUAAAGUAAUAAUUCUCACCUCUCAUGAUAUGCAUGAGGUUGAGAUUUUGGCCGACAAAAUCGUCAUUAUGAAUGAAGGUGUAAUGGCAUGCAAUGGUAAUUCAUUACAAUUGAAAUCAAAAUAUGGUGAAGGUUAUUCAGUUAAUAUCGUAGCCAAAUCGCCCGAAUCCAUACCUGCUGUAGUUGAAUUUGUAACUCUUUCAAUUCCAGGUUGUAAAUUUAUGAAACAAUCCGCUUUACAAUUAAAUUUUGGUUUCCCUGUAACAAUUGAUCAUCAAAUCAUUGCAAACUUUUUCAAACAAUUAGAAGAAAUUACAAAUGAUCCAAAUAAUCAAUUAAUGAGAGAUUGGUCUGUUUCACAUUCUACAUUGGAUGAUGUAUUUUUAAAGGUUUCUCAUUUAGCAAAAUUAAAAACACAAUAA